AUGAGGUCCGGGGCUCGCGUGGGCAAGAUCCAGUCGGCGAGUGUCUCCCAGUUGCUGUGCCUUGGCCUGACGGCUGGCGCGUCCGAAGCCACUUGCAGAAUCUGGGGCCUGAUGCCCAAUCACGAAAGCCGGCAGCGGCUCCAAAUAAAGUCCAGCACAAGAGCUUGGCAACGGGAUGACCCAUACACUGGCGGAAACACACAGGGCGCACGGCUGCUUGCUAUCAAGCAGAAGCACAGGUGUGACAGCGCCGCCGGCUGCUACGACGGUGGCUGCUACGACGGUUUGCAAGCAGGGUCAACCAUGUCGUACCAGACACAAGACGGUCAGUGGGUGGGGGAAGCUGGGAAGCCGGUGCUCUAG